UCUGGGACACCGCUCGUGCGAAGACUGCUCCAGCUGCUCAUAAAGGUUGGCUGCUUCACCGGUUGCGUGCUUCAGUCGUCGAAGAUUGUCCAGUCGUACUUUGAUUAUGGCUCAUCUGUCGUCACUUCGGAUGUUGCUCGCCAGGGGAUAGUCUUUCCCUCCGUCACAAUUUGCGUGGAUGCGUGGACGAACAAGACAAGACUUUGCGAGGUCAAAGGAAAAUGUACCAGAUCGUCUAUGAAAGUCGUCGUAGCCGGCUUUAUCCAAACGUUCGACCUUGAGCUCAGGAACAAGACGGCGUUCGAGCCUCACGAACUCUUCAGCUGCAAAAUGCGCUCAAAAGCGGGCUGCAGCGACUUCGACUGUUCGCGCAUGAUGAAGAGGACAUUGUUUCGAAGACCCUUGCAGAAGUGCUACACAUUGGACCUUAGCCAGCCCGCCGAGAAGAACGAGCAGGCACUGCUGUGCAAGGAACAGUGGAAUUGGGAACUUCGCCUGGAGUCGAAGCUGAACGCAAGCAACAGCCUGGUAUUCAUGCGCACAGACCUGUUCCCGCUCAUAGUCAAGGCACCGUCCACGGCACCAUUCGAUACGCUGACUCAGAUUGCGGCGCAGAUGGGACGUGACAUCACAGUCACCAUGAAGCAGCACAUGAUGAAACGGCUUUCCGCACCGUUUCGGUCUCGGUGCCUCAACUACACGGCGAGAGGCUUGCAGGCGAAUUUUCUGGGAUACCACACGCUCGAGUCUUGCGUGCAAGAGUGCCAAAUGAAAGUGGAAAUGGCUGUCUGCGGUUGCAUCACCUUCACGCACGAGUUUGCCGAGUUCGCAAACCUUCCUGUUUGCGUGGACUUUGCUAAAGGUUUCGAGUACUGCAGGGACGUCGUCUAUCACACCCGCGAAUACCGCAACUGCCUCGACGUCUGCGGACCCCCAUGCGAGAACCGCUUCGCAGUCACAUUGAAGUUCGCCUCUGAUUCGGUGGACCUCAUGGAACACUACCCAAUGAUGUCGGUCAUCGAAGUGCUCGCCUACUUGGGCGGCACCGUGGGCACUUGGCUGGGCUGCAAUCUCCUCACGCUGCUCUCCGACUUCGGCAAUUGGCUGCUCGCAUCGAUCGACCGACUCUCGCGCUGCGCACUCGGGCGCACACGGCGUGGCGGAGCGGCCGCGCGACGGCAACACGCCGCCGCCGCCGCCCCGGCUGCUGCGGCGCGGCUGCUUUCCGCAGCCACCGCUGCGCGCUAG